AUGGCUUCCACUACAAGAUCUCGUACAAGACCAAAUCUUCGUCAAGAAGCGGAUUUUCUGCGUUCCUUCAGUGAACGAAUUGCACCUGUAAUUGGUGCUAUACAGAGGGUGCGUCCUGAUGGACCAGCGGGUUAUGUGCGUAGUUUUAUGCAACUGACGCACGAUGGGAGCGAGUUUUGGGGAGCAUACGACGAGUGGGGAUCUUAUCUCGCCGAGCCGGUUGUCCCUGUUCCACACACUGACCGUGAAUCGAUUCUCAUUACUUCUCCGGCCGCGAGCGAAUUACAAGCAGCUACAGCUGCAGGCUCAACAACAGUCACAGAAACAGCAGCAGUUACAAAAACUUCAAAAACCACAACAGACACAACCCAGCCACCACAACCACAACCACAACAAUCACAAACACAACAGCCACAACACCAAUUACAACAAUCUUCGCCACCACAAUCACUACGUCAACAACAAAAUUUGUCACUGAAGCGUCAGCCACAACAAAUCCAUCAACAAUCACAUCAACAACGCCAGGCAUCCGUAACGCGGCCUGUCCCGUCAAAAACGACUGGAAGGUAUCAACCCUAUCUAAUCACCUCACCAAAAAUUAAGGCUGAAACGGAAGAUAGUUUGAUGAAGGACAAACAAGACGUUUCUUCGUCUAAGGAGGCGGUUAAAGUCGUGCAAGAGGCGCGAGUUACGGCAGCAAAGAACGCCUCGAAGAGAGUAACACGCAGAUCUUCGAUAGAUUUUAGGCAAGAACUUCUUUGGAAAUUUGGACAGCUCUGCAAAUUAUUAAAAAGUCCUAAGAGAAAACAGCAGGAAAUUGAGAAGAUUGUGAAAACGGUAGUUAGCAAUGCGAAGCCAAUAACAUCGUCGGAUAAGACAUCUUUGUCUAACAAAACGACGUUUAUCUUCCCGGAUGAUCAAAAGUCAUUUAUUAUAAAACUCACUGUCCCGCUUAAGAGAACUCGAGAUACAUCAGAUUUGCGGGAAGGAAAUCGUGAAUCAAAGAGGGUGAAGGCAGUAAGUGCAGUUUCAAAAGCGAAUAAGGGGAAAGCCGACAUCAUUUCAGUGGAGCCUAAUAAGAGUAGUAACAGCAACAAAAAUAACCCCAAUAAAGACAAGAACAUUGAUGAUGAAGACAAGAAUGUUAACAUCAAAGAUAAUGUUAGCGAUGAUGCAGGCGGUAAAGUUCAUGGCAACACUAAUGGCACUGCUAGCUCUAGUUACAACGCUAACGCGAAAGCUAUUAAAAACGAUAGUAGUAAUGUCAGUGUUACUGGAAGUGCGUCCAAUGCAAAUAAUGCAACAAAAUCUAAAUUGUCGCUUGAAGAGUACAAAAAGCGAAAUGCAGUCAAUCCCCAGACGCCGCAAGCCCCGCAGACACAAUCAACACCAAACGCUAGAGCCGCUACUUCAAAUGGUUUAAUUGGCGAAAGUCAGCCACCUUCAGUAAAUAACUCCAAUAGGACACCGAACUCUAAUACUCGAACAUUGGAUAAUAAGACUCAGCGUGUAGAUUCGAAAGAGCGUAUGAAAUCGUUGGAAGGAACAGCUGCAAAUCAUGUUCGUGAAGCCAAAGCUGCUCCUAACAAGCUUAAAGGGCUGUGGCAUUGGAUACAUGCAAUGAUAACAUAUUUGGAAACUUUAUCCCUUGUGGAAAAGCAUCUUGAUUUAAUGUUGUCGGCGGCGGAACUUGAUAAGUGUGAAAAAGUCAUAAAAUAUAGUAUUUCUAUGUGUUCAAAGUUGAAGCAAGAAAAGCUAAAAGGGAUUUGCCUGCAAAUACACGCGCUGUUUGUCUUUCAAAAGUCCAAGCUCGAAUAUUGUCAUCUUACAUUAAGAGACGGUCCCAAUCUUCUUGGCAACACUUUAGAAGAAGUUAAAGAGCAAACGAGUAAGCGUAUGAAAGAGUGGGGUGAAAACACUGCGCGUGCCCGGCAACUGUUAGAAGAGGGUAAAAAGGUAAUAAGCGAUGCAUCUAAUAGUUCCGGAAGGAAUGAAGAAGGUGUACCCGAUUUAGCCAGUCAUGUAAGUUUGGACGGAUCGAUCCACGUUGUCAAAAGUUACAUGUUGAAGUGGAAGAAAUCUCAGAACGUGUCAGAACGGACAUCAAACGCUUAG